CCGGCGAUGAUUAUAACGUCUCUUGUUUUUCCUUUCCUAUGUACUUUUUUCCUCUCUCUCUCAUUUUAAUUCUUUUCUGUAAUAAUCUUCUUUUUCUUUCGUGAAGCCACAUCACAUUCAGCCAGCCACACCACCUACAUAUUUUUCACAUUAUCACCCAUCACCGCGACACUCUACCAUAGCGUAGACGUAUCUCCUUUCUUUGGGUCUUUCUACAUCCCGUAUCUUUACUCAGGCUCAUUUUAUUACAACAAACACACAAAGCAUCUUUAAUAAUAUGCAAAAUAUUCACGGAUGGGCACACCUCUGUUUUCUCUCUCCCUGUUAUAUCGACGACGAUCACAAUAGCGAGGGCGUGAUCUUUCGCGAGUUUCGCGGCCAUGUCAUUAGUACCAUCAGCACAGCAGAUCCCACAAGAAGCACUAUGAACACGACAUUUGGCAUUGCCGGUGUUUAUGAACCCAAUCACGAAGAUCCCAAACAUAACGACUGCAUGGACCCUGUCUUAUUUUAUCAGACGACGUUGAAAGGUUAUAACAACAGCAGUGAACAACGACAAAGCAUACCCAUAACCACUAGUAAUUCUUUCCUGGUACGACGCGUCACUGGAGAUGAUGCUGCGGGCCUCAGCACAGAACCUCAAGAUAAUCCAGACGAGCAAUGCUUACACUUUGAGACGGAAAACUUUCUUGUUGGAACAAAAGCAGUGGAACAUGUAAAAAAGUAUUUGGGCGAGCAUGUACUAUUGACGAUGGCAGGAGGAAAAACAGAUGCGGAGGGUGAGCAAGAGGCUGUAGUGUGUAUCGGUAAAAUUGAUAUAACAAUAAAAUAAGACCAGAAAAAGCACUUUUAAAAGACAUCCAUUGUGUCGCAAGUAUUGCAGACGCCAAGGAUAGAGGUUCCAUCACUCCCUGGUUCAGGAGCAUAAACGAUGCGACCUGGGCAUUGUUGACUAUGUUGGAUGACUGCAUUUUGAAUAGCUCGAAAGGUCUAUGAAACUUGGGGUCAGCC